AUGAGGCCAAGUUUUGCCCUCCUGUUGGCAGCUCUGGCCGGCUGCCUGCUUCCUGCUGGGGGCUGUGUCAUGUGUAGCCCCUUGGUCAAGCAGGCACUAAAGUCCUUGAAAGAAGAUUACCUGCCUGGCCACCUGGAUGUCCAGCAUCACAAAAAUGUGAUGGAAAGGGUGGAACAGGCCGUGAACGAUUUCAAAGACUUGCCACUUAAGGAGGAUUCCUUUAUGGGGGCCAUUGAUGAAGCCACACUGAACACAGCAUCCUGGAGUUUGCUGAAGGAUCUGAACCGCAUCACCGACAGUGAUGUAAAAGGUGAGCUCUUCGUGAAGGAGCUAUUCUGGAUGUUGCGCCUGCAAAAGGAAACCUUUGCCACCUACGCUGCUCACUUCCAAAAAGAGGCUUAUUGUCCCAACAAAUGUGGUACGAUGUUUCAGACUCUGAUCUGGUGCAGCACCUGCCAAAAGCAGAUUCAUGCUUGUCGGAAGUCCUCCAAUUGCGGGGAGCGCAAAGUGGAGGUCCAUCAAAUGGAAGACAUGAUCCUGGACUGUGAGUUGAACUGGCAUCACGCCUCAGAAGGCCUCUCCUAUUACAGAUUUUACAGGGUUUGGGAGAACAAUACUGAGACUUUGGUGUCCAUGAGGACAGCGCCCACCCUGACCAAGCCUAUGGUGGGUCCGAAGGAUGCAGGCCGUUACCGCUGCGAGCUGGGCUCUGUGAAUUCCAGCCCAGCCACCAUCAUCUAUUUUAAUGUCACAGUGUUGCCCACACGGGUCGAGGAGGAGAAACCGUCGCCAAACAUCGUAACCCAGGGCAAGGGGACCUCAGAGUCGUCCACACCGCUCCAGUCUCCAAACUCGGAGAACACGCUGAAAGUCCGCCUUGCAGGGCUGCUGCUCUGGGCCUCGCUAGUGCUCACAGUCAGCCUCGCUUUCGCCAUAUUGUGUCAAACGAAGGUGAUAGAUUUCAUAAAGUCCUCACUGUUCGGCCUUGACAAUGCAGCUGCUGAGCACCCCCGGGUUCCAAAGGAAAAGGCCGAAGACUGA